UGCACAAGGCGCACUAAUGCAGUUACCAUAUUUAAACGUUACUCCACAGACCGAACAGCACUUCAGGGAUCAAGGUGUUGCUGUCGUUUCAUCCAAAAGCUGAUCUGAGGACUCAUCACAACCGUUCUUUAUCUUGUUCUUCUGCCUCUGCUGUGUGACCUGUGGGGAAAGUGGGCUUCUCUGAGUACAGACGAGACACUGCUGAGGACUGUCUGGACUUGUGUGAAAUACCAAGUAACUUCCUUGUUGUCUGCUGCCUCUGGAUUUGUGGAAAGUCCACUUGAGUAGCGAGAGGUCCUGGAAUGUCACCAUGGAGGGAUGGGGCAGCCAUCAGCAUCACAAUGCCAUAGAUCAGAACAAAGUCAACAAGUUGCCUGGACAGGAAGGCCAGAGGAACAUCCCCGCAUACCAGUUGUACAGCGUGCUGGCCAAUUAUCGGAUCGAGAAGAAGAUUGGCCGGGGCCAGUUCAGCGAGGUGUAUAAGGCUACCUACCUGCUCGAUGGGAAGCAGGUGGCGCUGAAGAAAGUCCAGAUAUUUGAAAUGAUGGAUGCCAAAGCACGUCAGGACUGUAUUAAAGAGAUCGAUCUCCUUAAGCAACUGAACCACCCCAACGUGAUCAAGUACCUGGACUCCUUCAUCGAGAACAAUGAGUUGAUCAUCGUGCUGGAGCUUGCUGACGCUGGCGACUUAUCGCAGAUGAUCAAGUAUUUUAAAAAGAACAAGCGACUCAUCCCUGAGAGGACGAUAUGGAAGUACUUCGUGCAGCUGUGCAGCGCCCUGGAGCACAUGCACUCCCGCAGAGUGAUGCACCGAGACAUCAAACCUGCCAACAUGUUCAUCACAGCCACAGGGCAGGUGAAACUGGGCGACCUGGGCCUGGGCCGCUUCUUCAGCUCCAAGACCACGGCAGCGCACUCCUUGGUGGGAACGCCGUACUACAUGUCCCCCGAGAGGAUCCACGAGACCGGGUACAACUUCAAAUCCGACAUCUGGUCCCUGGGGUGCCUGCUGUAUGAGAUGGCUGCUCUCCAGAGCCCCUUCUAUGGCGAUAAGAUGAACCUGCUGUCGCUGUGCCGUAAGAUCGAGCAGUGUGACUAUCCCCCGCUGCCAAGCGACCACUACUCCGACAAGCUGAGGGAGCUGGUGGGCAUGUGCAUCAACCCCAACCCGGACCAGAGGCCCGACAUCGUCUUCGUUCACCAAGUCGCCAAGCAGAUGCAGCUGUGGACUUCCAGUUCCUGAGCGCUCCCUUGGGGACCAUGCAUGCACACAAGCUGUGUUUCAUUUCUGGAGACCAUUUAUCACCCAGGACGGGUGUCGUGGUGGAGCUGGGAGAACUCCACCUCCGGGAUUGGCAGUUGUACACCACUUUGCUCUUUUUUGCCUCUGUUUUAUAGACAGUUUUUGCAGACUUUUUUUUUUACAUUUUAUUUAAGAAGUUACUUGGUUACUACUAAAUAAAUAAUGGUAUCGAUUGCAGUGAGUGGUCGAGUAGCAUAAAGGGGUGGGAGUUUAGCCUUCACUGGUGACGCAAGGGCGUGGAACAGCAGCUGGUGACAAUGUGACUAUAAAAUGUGACGUAAAGGGCCCGUCUCGGAGUUCUGCGCUCCAAACCACCGUUUUGUCCUCUCAAUGUGAACAGCUCCUCGAGAUUAACGCUGGUCCUGCGUCCUUCAACACCGCGCCAUGAGCCGAAAGCAUUGCUGUGCUGUAUCUCUUACGUCAAAAAACUCUGAGGACUCAAAUCUGUUCCGAAGAUCUAACACAUUUAAAGCCAACAUUAGACUGACAGUUAUGUUCAGUGUAUCGUUUGCAUUUAAAGGUAAUUUGAGUUCUUUCAAGUCACACUUCUCAUUAUUAGGAACUUUACCUGCCCGAUUUUUGACUCCGUUACAGCAGUUUUUUUUCAUCGUGAACUUGCUUGUCUCCACUCGGCUAGAAACGUGGGGACUGAGCUUUCAGCAGAUCAAACAGCGAUCUUAAAAAAGCUGCUUUGAGCAAAUUACCUUUAUAUUAAAACCAGUCAG